UUGCUGAAACUGAGUGUGAAUCUAUGCAAACACUCCCCAAGUCAGGGACCUCAGAUUUAGGAUGAAGAGCCUUCCAUUUUUGCUAUUGUCUGUUGCACUUUCUUAUGGAUUCCCCAUAUUCCCAGAAAAAAGGACUGAAGAGCAAAAUAUGCAGCUUGCACAGAUGGCAUCCACCAGGAGAAAACUGUGCAUUGUAGCUGCUGCUGUUGCUGACAUAGGUAGCAACGAAACCAAAGUGAAAGAAUAUCUAGAUCAGUUUUAUGAGCAAGGAAAUGAUCCGAAGCAGCAAGCUUGGAAAAGCAGUAAUUCAUUGGAGGACAAAAUCAAGCAAAUGCAAGCAUUUUUUGAGCUGAAUGUAACUGGGGAGAUAGAUGCUGCCACACUGCAAGUUAUGCAGCAACCCAGAUGUGGAGUACCUGAUAUCGGACAGUUUGUCUUGGCUCUCCCUGGAUGGCAAAAAACCAAACUUACAUACAGGAUUGUGAAUUACACACCUGAUAUGAAACAAGCUGACGUGGACGCAGCGAUCCAAAAGGCAUGCGAAGUCUGGAGUAGCGUGACUCCUCUGACUUUCCGCAGAGUUUAUCAAGGAAAAGCAGACAUAACUAUUGUGUUUACAUCAGGAGUACAUGGCCGCUGUCCUCGACAAUUUGAUGGCCCCCUAGGAGUCCUUGGACAUGCUUUCCCCCCCAGUCAUUUCCUCCGUGGAAGUGUCCACUUGGAUGAAGAUGAAACUUGGUCUGCGGGUUUGGUUGGAUUCAACUUGUAUCUUGUUGCUACUCAUGAGAUCGGCCAUGCCCUUGGUCUUGCACAUUCUGCGGACCCAGAAGCACUGAUGUACCCAAAUUAUAAACCCAUUGAUCCCAAUGAGUUCCCCCUCUCACAAGAUGACAUUACUGGCAUUCAGACCAUCUAUGGACCAUCACAUGAUCCAUCAAAAAAGCCAACAAAACCAAAAGAGCCUAAAGCCUGUGACCCUAAGAUAUCAUUUGAUGCUGUCACUACACUACGAGGAGAAACCAUAUUCAUCAAGGACAGGCACCUCUGGAGAGUAUACCGUAGUAGCCCAGAGGUUGACCUCGAAUUAAUUUUAGCGUUUUGGCCUUUUCUACCAUCUGGCAUCCAAGCAGCCUAUGAAAAUAUGAAGAAUCAAGUACUCUUUUUCAAAGAUAAUCUCUUCUGGAUGACUAGUGACUUUCGGCUUCAGCCUGGCUACCCCCAAACCAUUGACAACUUUGGCUUUCCGCCGAAUGUGAAGAAGAUUGAUGCUGCAGGUUUUGAUCAAAAUACUGGGAAAACAUUUUUCUUCGUUGGUGACCAGUACUGGAGGUAUGAUGAAAAUAGCCAAUCCAUGGAUAAGAACUAUCCAAGAAAAGUAAGAGAAGAUUUUCCUGGAAUUGGCAAGAAGGUUGAUGCUGUUUUUCAGCGUAAUGGAUUCUUCUACUUUUUCCAUGGGUCCAAGCAAUGGGAGUUUGACUGGAAUGCUAAAAAAGUGACUCGUGUAAUGAAGAGCAACAGCUGGUUUAACUGUUAGGAUUCAACGAAUCGCAUUCCUGUCCGGAAGAAAAACAGUCUAUUUCUAUUAGAGCAGGCAGAGCUAUGCAAUCCAGUGCGUUGUCACUGCAGGACAAAACGCUUUCUUUUAAAAGGUCUGAAUUUAAUUAGUGGAGAGCUGGUAGGCUACAAGGCUGGGCUGUGAAUGAGGACUUCCCACAUUUGAGUCUUGCCUGUGCUGAGAACUGACUAGGCGGCCUUAGGCAAGCUUUUCAGGCCCAAUUCACACGUGAUGUUCAAUGAAGGUUCAAUCUGUGCUCCAGGGUGUAGUAAGUUUGGAGGCAGGCCUGGGUCAAGAUUUGAGGAUAGUCAGGGGGCAGUGGCCCUCCACCCACCCACUUCCCUUCUUUCCUCUUCAUUUUGCCAGCUCCCUACCCACCCGUCUCCUUCGCCGCCAGCCACCCAACCAGCAACCUUUGCCACCACUGCCCAACUGGUCACUCUCACUGCAGCCAUGCCAGCAGGGCCUGAUGACUUUGCCCAGUCAGCGGGGCUCCAGAUGCCAGUGAGAACAGGCCUCCCUUAAAGGAACUGCCUGGUCUUUCUGGAAUGGGAUCGCCACAGCAUAAUGGCUCCAAAAUGUUGCGCAUCAUGUCAGCCCCUCUGUAUAGACAUCUGUAUGCACAAACAGCAUAAUCUCUGAAUAGGAUUUGUCUGCCAUUUGGGGAUAAAAAUAUUUACUUUCCUUACACAGGUUUGUUGUAACGAUCACUUCACUAUAAUGAAUCUGAAAUGCUUUCUACACUCAAAAAUUGCUAAGCAAAUGGUAAUUAUUAUUUGUUGGUUAUAUACGCACACAUAUAUACAUACGUUGCCAGGACAAUGUAUGGUUUUCAGUAUCUUUUCAUAACAGCACUCAUGUUUCUAGAGAUCUAAUGUUCUGCAAUCUGAACGGGCUUUAAAGAAGAUUUGCAAUAAAACCUC